UUUACCUGGAUGGAAAUCAAGAUAAUACAAGAUUGAUUUCUGCGUGCUUAGUCAUUACUUCCACACUACUGUUCUCUCAGUGUCUAAUAACCCACAGUGAGAGCCAACAUCUCUUUCAGGGAAGCUGUAGACCACAGAGAAGAUGGAAAAAGUUCUCAGCUUGACCAUAACAACUGUCCACUUCACCACAAGUCCUCAGGCAGUUCUUGAACUGCUCAAACACAACUGGCAGGAAUAAAGACAUUUUAGGUUGUGAGCCUACCUAUAGCCUGCGGCACAACCCACCCGUGCUUCUACAACAGCGGAUUAUUGAGCAUCACUGUCCUUCUCCUCACACAACUCGGUGUGAUUUUUCACAAUGUCAAGGAGUGAGACUUUGAGCUUGGGUGAGAUGGCACCCGCAUUUCCCUCAGGGAGCAUUGCGCGUCUAAAUAGUUAAUUUGUGCUUCCCAUGAAAACAGGGAAAUACGCCCCAGAAGAUCAUCUUCAGGACCCGUCUUCUGUACCAGAUGAUGACUUUGCUCCUCUCUCUGCUAGGCCAUGGAAGAGCUGGUGGAUGCUGGCCUGGUAAAAGCCAUUGGCAUCUCCAACUUNAACCAUGAGCAGAUUGAAAGAAUCUUGAACAAGCCAGGACUGAAAUACAAGCCUGCAAACAACCAGAUUGAAUGUCAUCCAUACCUGACUCAGGAGAAGCUGAUCGACUACUGUCAAUCAAAAGGAAUUGCUGUGACAGCAUAUUGUCCACUUGGAUCUCCAGACAGACCAUGGGCUAAGCCAGAGGAUCCUUCGCUUCUGGAUGACCCCAAGAUUAAAGAGAUUGCAGCCAAGCACAACAAAACAGCAGCACAGGUGCUCCUUCGCUUCCAGAUCCAGAGAAAUGUGAUUGUGAUCCCCAAGUCUGUCACACCACAGCGCAUUGUGGAGAACUUCAAGGUGUUUGACUUUGAAUUGACUAAAGAAGAGAUGGCAACUCUUCUCAGUUUUAACAGGAACUGGAGGAUCUGUCAAUUGAGCCUGGCCAAAACACACAAGGAGUACCCUUUCCAUGCAAAAUACUGACGCCGUUUGUAACUUGGCCUUUGCUAGACCCCUGGUGUUUCACGUGCCUCUCCUCCACCUUUGAGCUCUGUAUCCAGCUUUCUUACUGCGUCUGCCCUAUUGCUGCCAGUGAAGUCAAAGGACAUUUAUUCCAUUGCUUUUCUCCAAGUUCAUUCUUUGGAAGAUGGAAAGAGUAUUGUUCAACGGAACAAAAUGUGGGAUGUCAUAAUUUUCUGCUCAUCAGAAGAGAGGAGGAUUACUGAAGUAACUGGACAGAACUAAGAGGAAAAUGGGGACAGCUUGAACGUUUGAACCACAAUUCAGCGAGUGCCUUCAGAUUUGCAUCAGCACAAACCAGAGGCUGAGAAACCACAAGAAUAAACAGACAUCCACCAUCACAUGAGAACUGUCCCCUAUUUUAAGUAAAAGUAACUUUGAAAUAGGCUGGUUUAGCAAUAGGGAUCAAUAUAUCUUACUUUAAGGACCACUAUAUUAGUUUAGCAAAAAGGAAUUAACGUGUGCUACUUCUAAAACUUUCCAGUUUAGAUUUGCUUGGUACGUGAAUAGUCUUGUUUUUGAAUGAUCUUUGCUUCUCUGAAGCACUGAAGCAACAACAGACUACUUUUAUCUUUGUAUCCACCAGGCGCAAGGACUUUUUCUGGGUUUUCAUAUAAAUCGUUUUAAGUUAUAGUGCAACAAGAUAGAAAGUUGCUCAUUAUGGUGUAAUAAGCAAUGGAUACAAAAAUACACCCUUUAUUCCAUCAUCUGGGUUCUGAGCUAUUUUUGUGUAAAAGGAUGUGUUACUUUAUGACACCAAAUAAAUGACAUCUACAUCAUGUUGCUACAGCUCACCUCUUGUCAUCUCUACUCCCACAGUACUCUGCACUGUGAAACUCAUCUCUAUGAAUGCACUCUAGCCUGUAUCAAUACGUGGAAAUAAUUAAAAGUGAAAACAACAAACAGGCAACUCCACAAUUUACAUGAAGAAAGAUGGUCCUCUUAAGAUUCUGAAAAAAAUGAGGACCUACUUUGACUUCUCAACUUCUCACCACACACACUCUGUAUGAAUUCAGCAGCAACAUUGGCUCUGUGUCUCACUUCCCGCUCUGUGAAGUGCAGAUAAGAUCACCACUGGGCCAAGGGAAUGACUUCUUCCUCUGUAUAGCUGCUUCAUGUGACUCUCACCAUUCAUCUGCACCAGCAUAGGACUGAUUUAACUAGCUUUGUGUAUGAGGAUGGCUCUAUGCGCAGUUUCAUGCCGCGCCUUGGGGCUCCAGUUUGCUGAGUCUUUGUAGGGCAACUUCUGCCUUUAUUAAUGCCAAGUCAUGGGUCAAAGUGCCACUACCUCAAACAGGCAGUAACCAACAGGGCAAACUCCAGAAGUAUGUCACAAACAACUACAAAGAUACAUGCCAGCAACUGUGCACAGGGGCAAGGCACUGCACAAGCACAAGACAGACCAGGGCACGGCAACACUCAGUCAUUCCUUUGAUAACAAACUGGAUAGGGAGGAAGAAAAUGACAUGGGUUGUGCUGCGGCACGCCCUGUGUUGACUAUCACUAAAGUGACUUUUGAUUUCAGCUUAAACAUUAGCUUGUGAGUUGUAAUUAAUCUGGAACCUUGUAGCUAUUCACGUGAGAACUCAGAACGCAGGCACAGCUCCGCCAUCCCCCCCCGCCCAGGGGCAGCACUGUCACUAUUGAACGAGCUGGGCAGGAAGCGCUGCAGCAGAGCCAGCCUGGCAGCGUGAGGGGCCAUGGCGACCUAUGUGCAGCUGAACACUGGAGCCAAGAUGCCCAUCCUGGGGCUGGGCACAUGGAAGGUAACGGCUUGAGAGAAAAGCAUUCGCUCUGCAGAGCUCCCUGGCACCAAACUCCAUUACUUCUGCUCUGCUCUGCCUGGCUGUGGGGCUGAGCAUGUGUGAGAGCGAGGCUACGGAAAAAUGGCUGGAGGUAGGCUUCAAGACCUGGAGCACUGAUCCUGGUAAAUGAAUAAAUCAGGGACAAUUAAUUUCAGUAAGGUGGUGUUCUCAUUUUUGUUUUUCUAUGAAUUCGGGGUUAGCCUUGACGUACCUGAAUUAGUCUGGCAAUUGGACUCAAUGUUCUUUGUAGGACCCUUCCAACUGGAACUAUUCUAUUUGAUCUGUCAUCACAUGAUCCUUGCCACAGGAAUAUAAUACUUUGAAACCUCUCCCAAAAAAGCCCAGCUCAGAAGAAAAAGAACAAACACUCUGAUGUCUUAUCCUCUUUCUUAUUGGAGAUGCUUUCUUACUGUCCAAACAGCUGAACUUGCCAAGCUUUCACAAACCUGUAGAGCACACCUUGUUGAUGCCACCAGCUCACCUUAGUACCACUCCAGUACAAAAGCUGAUUGAUUCUAGCAGUUCCUACUCCAAGAGUUAAAGUACACUCACCAUUCAUCAAUUUUGAGAGUGGUACUGCUGGUGCUAAUGUAGUGCCAGCACAAUACAACCAUCUUGAGUACCUUGCAAAUACAAAGGAGGGUAGAAGCAAACUGACUUCAGCUGGUCUUUGGUCUCUCUGCAGAAAGCAUCAGAGUCAAGGCAAGAUGUGUCCUUUUGCAUUUUUCACUUGACUUCCCUAACAAUGAACCAACACCCAAGAAACAGAGCACACUGAGCAGAUCUAUGAAGGAAUUCCAAACAGGAUGAAACGUGUGCUGAGUUGUGUAGCUGUUACAUGAAUCCACUGAAAUCACAUCCUACUGAGGAUAGCUGAUGUUCUUGAAACAAAACAGGAGUAAGAUUGAAAACUGAUCGCCUUUUCUACCUCCUUUUACACAAAGCAAAAAGGACCUGGCUGUCUGCUGUGGAAGAGGCACCCAGAGAAAAACACACUGGCACAUUCCUUGAAUAAAUUCUCCAAAUACAAGGAAGCAGUGAAGUCUCGAAAGCUGCCUUAACAUACCGCUGUGGAGCACUUUCCAGAUCCUGCUGAUAAAUUAACCAUUUUUAAACUGCACUGUGACCCCUCCGCCAGAAAGACAUCUUUCCAACUCUUCCAAGUUAGUUGCCAAUGUGGAAUUACAGGCACUGAAAACAGAGGGACAAGACGAUCAUUGUGACACCCAGUAACACUUACUGUCCCUCUGCAGCUUUAAAAACACAUUACAAAAUAAAAUUGUCUCCCAACAUCCAAAACAAA